AUGGAUACAAAAGUGUUAUGUUUCGUCGCUAUACUUUCUCAAGCGGCUGCCCUACUGACUUCACCACCACGAAUAGUGAAACAGCCCACAGUUGAAGAGCUGCUGUUCCAGGUGGCUCAGCCUGGAGAAGUGGACAAACCGUUCAUCAUUGAAUGUGAAGCAGAAGGAGAACCAGCUCCCAAGUACAGAUGGAUCAAAAACGGCAAGCCCUUCGAGUAUACGAGCUACGACAACCGAAUCUCUCAGCAGCCCGGUAGGGGAACCCUGGUCGUGAGCAGACCUCGCGAUGAAGACCUGGGACAGUACCAAUGUUUUGCAUACAACGAAUGGGGUACUGCGACGUCCAAUUCUGUUUUUGUAAGAAAAGCCGAGUUGAACUCCUUCAAAGAUACGGAUGGACCGCAGACAAUGAUCACGGCCCAAGAAGGUUUACCGUUCAAACUUACCUGCAACCCGCCCGAUGGUCACCCGAGCCCAAAUGUGUACUGGAUGCUGCAAGGUGAACAGGGGCAGUUGAAGACCAUAAACAACUCCAGAAUGACACUAGACCCCGAAGGCAAUUUAUGGUUCUCCAAUGUAACUCGAUAUGACGCCAGUGUGGACUACGCAUACACUUGUGCGGCGAAAUCGGUUUUCAGGAACGAAUACAAACUGGGUAAUAAAGUCUAUCUUCAAGUGCAGCAGACUGGGAUAUCCCCGACACAGAAUAAGCAUGAACCAGUAAGACAGUAUACCACGAGGAGGGUGGAGAAGGCGUGGCGCGGGAAGAAGGUCGAGCUGUACUGUAUUUAUGGAGGAACGCCGUUGCCGCAAGUAGUUUGGAAAAAGGGCGGUCACACGAUACUGUCGUCCCAACGAAUCACUCAGGACAACUACGGGAAGACGCUGGUCAUAAAGCGAGCUGGGUACGAAGACAAGGGCACGUAUACCUGUGAAAUCAGUAACGGUGUUGGUCAAGCUCAGUCAUACUCCAUAGAACUUAAUGUUGAAGCCGCACCGUUCUUCAUCGAAGAGCCCCAAUUCCAAAACCUGGCAGAAGGGGAGACGGCCAUCAUUCAAUGUAAAGCUGGCGGUACUCCCGAACCGCAGAUCUCGUGGGUCCACAACGGAAAACCUAUAGAGCAAGCUGAACCGAACCCGAGGCGUCAAGUAGCUGCUAACUCCAUCAUUAUCACGGACCUGGUGAAGAAGGACACGGGAAACUACGGUUGUAACGCGACCAAUUCGAACGGUUUCGUCUAUAAGGACGUCUACAUUAAUGUACAAUCUAUCCCACCGGAAAUAAAGGAAGGACCAGAGAACUUAACCAAAGUGGACGGCUCAGAAGCGGUGCUAAAGUGUCGCGUCUUCGGUGCGCCUAAACCCAUCGUAAGGUGGAUGCGAGACGACGUCGAUGUCACUGGUGGCAAAUACAACAUCACCCCGGAAGGCGAUCUAGUGAUACGCGACGUGUCUUACACCGACGUGGGAACCUACCAGUGCUACGCCAAGAAUAAGUUUGGAGAAAAAUCCGCCUUCGGGUCCUUGACAGUUAAGAAGCGCACAGUGAUAACAGACAAGCCGGAACCAUACGAAGUAGCAGCCGGUUCUUCAGCCACAUUCCGCUGCAACGCAAAUGCAGACGAUUCCCUCAAACUCGAAAUAAUCUGGUUAAACGAUGGCCAACCGAUCGACUUCGACAAUCAGCCUCGUUUUCGAAUGACCAACGACUAUUCACUUCUCAUAUCGGACACGACUGAACUUGAUUCUGGAGAGUAUACAUGUAUAGCUAGAACAGCCAUUGAUGAGGCGAGAGCGCAGGCGACUUUGACUGUACAAGAUAAGCCCAACCCCCCCGCGCUCGAAGGCAUCGAAUGUCACGAGAAAGUGGCGACACUUCGGUGGCACUCCAUGGGCGACAAUCGGGCGCCGAUCCUCCGUUAUUCGAUCCAAUACAAUACCUCUUUUACUCCGGACACCUGGCUCUCCGCAUCCGACUCUGUACCAGCCAUUGAUACGUCCUGGACAGUGGAACUCAGUCCCUGGGCUAAUUACACCUUCAGGGUCAUCGCCUGGAAUAAAAUCGGACCGUCAACGCCAUCAAAACAUUCGGACGUUUGUACAACUCAACCAGACGUGCCUUAUAAGAAUCCGGAUAAUGUGGAAGGGAAGGGAACGGAUCCCACUAAUAUGGUCAUAUCUUGGUCGAAAAUGCCUCAAAUCGAACACAAUGGCCCCGGCUUCUACUACCAAGUGUCGUGGCGUCGUAACAUCAGCGGAACGCCAUGGAGCGAGCAACAGGUUCGAGAAUGGAUCCAGUCGGAGUACGUCGUGCCGAAUACGCCUACGUUCCAGCCGUACAAGAUCAAGGUGAUAGCAGUAAACUCCAAGGGAACAUCUAACGUGGCCCCAGUCGAAGUCAUCGGUUGGUCUGGCGAAGACACGCCCCUUCAGUCUCCAGCGAACUUUUCGCUAGUGCAAAUCACUACGGGUACAACGGCGCUUCUUAACUGGAAUCCGGUGCCCGCGGAGUCAGUCCGAGGACAUUUCAAAGGAUACAAGAUCCAGACAUGGGUUGAUGGUGAAGAAGACAGACUUAAGGAAGUACUUGUAAAAUCAGAUGCUUCAAGCGCCCUCGUGUCCGUUUUCAAACCGUUCAAGAAGAAUAACGCCCGCAUCCUCGUAUACAAUGGUCGUUUCAACGGACCGCCGAGCGAAAUCCUCUCUUUCGUUACUCCCGAGGGGAAACCGGGGACAGUAAAGUCCUUUGAAGCCUACCCUAUCGGCUCCUCAGCUAUGCUUCUAAAGUGGGACAAACCGAUGGAUGAAAACGGUGUUCUAACCGGAUAUAAAAUCUACUACCAGAAAGUCACAGGAACCUCCUUAGGUCCGCUCCAGGAAAGGAAGAAGGAGAUAGACCCGAAACUCGACAGAGCCAAGCUAGCUGGACUAGAACCGAACACCAAAUACCGCAUCGAGAUCCGAGCUAAGACGAAAGCUGGGGAAGGAGAUAAGUACUAUGUGGAACAAACUACCAAGGCGAUGGUUAACGCCGUCCCUGAUAUACCAAUAUUCCAAGCUAGUACCCUCCCAGCUAAGGAGGGAUCAGCGCAUAUCUUAGUGCGCUGGCUACCUUCGUUAGACGGCCACGCUGGCAGCCAUUUUGUAGCGUGGUACAGACUCAAGGGUCACCCCAAUUGGCUGAGGAGUAACGAAAUAACGGAAGAUGACUAUGUGGUCCUAACGGGGCUGGAACCUGGACAAGUGUAUGAAGUAAAGGUGACCGCGCACGAUGGUGAAUACUUUAGUACAAGUGAAGUGAUGGAUGUCGAUACAACCACCGAUCCAGUAAUAAUGCGCGAAGAAGCAAUGGCGACGGCCGGCUGGUUUAUCGGCGUGAUGGUGGCGUUAGCUUUCCUCGUACUAGUUUUGGUGGCCGUGUGCGUCGCGAGAAGGAACCGCGGUGGAAAGUACGACGUGCACGAUCGCGAAUUGGCCCAUGGGCGAACUGAUUACCCGGACGCCGGGUUUCAUGAGUACACACACCCAUUGGACAGCAAAUCUCGUCAUUCAAUGAGCAGCGGAACCAAACCGGGACCAGAAAGUGACACGGACUCCAUGGCUGAAUAUGGUGAAGGAGAGACAGGUCGCUUCACGGAGGACGGUUCGUUUAUCGGGCAGUACGUGCCUGGCGCACGCGUCCUGCCCCCUCCUCCCGCGCCGCCGCCACCCGCCACAAACGGCGCAGCCCAGCAACCGCCCACAUACGUCUAA